CCGGGCACCUGAACGGUGGAGGCUCUGUGCCCGCCCUUAUAGGCGGGACUUCCGGGACUAAUCUUCAUCUCUAUUGGCUGGCCUAUGAAGCAAGGCCCGCCCCCUUCGAUUCGGGGUUGGCGAGGGAAGACCUUCUGGUGACGUACUUCCGUCACUUGCUGCUGUGGACUGUGGGCCUCCGGGGUCGGUGAAGGAUCUCAAGAUGGCUGGGCGAAAACUUGCUCUAAAAACCAUUGACUGGGUAGCUUUUGGAGAGAUCAUACCCCGAAACCAGAAGGCCAUUGCUAACACCCUGAAAUCCUGGAAUGAGACCCUCACCUCCAGGUUGGCUACUCUACCUGAGAAACCACCUGCCAUCGACUGGGCUUACUACAAGGCCAAUGUAGCGAAGGCUGGCUUGGUAGAUGACUUUGAGAAGAAGUUUAAUGCCCUGAAGGUUCCUGUGCCAGAGGAUAAAUACAGUGCCCUGGUGGAUGCUGAAGAAAAAGAAGAUGUGAAAAGUUGUGCUGAGUUUUUGACUCUCUCAAAGAGCAGGAUUGAGCAAUAUGAGAAAGAGCUGGAGAAGAUGAGGAACAUAAUUCCAUUUGAUCAGAUGACCAUUGAGGAUUUGAAUGAAGUCUUCCCAGAAACCAAAUUAGACAAAAAGAAGUAUCCCUACUGGCCUCACAGGCCAAUUGAGAGUUUAUAAACUUGAGUGUGGGAGGAAGCUCUGGCCCUCACAUCAUAAACUCUGGACAUUAAAAAUAAUUCUAUAGUG